AACCAGCAAAGAUCCCAAUUUACAACAGUCGGAGAAGUCUAUCAAAUCAAGAGCACCUCCAUCCCGUUUAGCUAAAGAAGAUAUCGAUUGUAUAAUGUAUACCAAGAAAUUAAAAGACGCGAACUUACCUAACUGGUACAUCAAUAAUAGUAAAUUUGAGAAGAUGGAUAUAUCACCUGAACCAACACCUCAAAUAGAUAUACCCAAGAAACCUGAUAUCGUCAAGCCUGAUCCCAUCAAAGUAAAGAGGAUGCGAAAACAGUGUGAAAUGGAACGAAUUGCAAAGAAUAUUUUUAGAUCAGAAUUGAGUAAAUUAGUGCAAGCUGAUGACUAA